AUGGACUCUUCUGCUAAAGUGGCGUCAAGGCCCAUUCCCUUUGCUGCUGAGACUGAUCCUGUUAGGAAGGAAGAGACUGCUCGCGUGGGCAGCUGUGAGAAAUCCACUAAGCCUGCUUUUGGGGAAGUUGCUGAGAUCUGUCAAUACCAAACAAGCCCCUUACUCUACUUCCCAAACCCCACUUCCCCUCACAAGCCCCUUUUCCCUCCACGCCCGAAACCUCCAACCCAACCACCAAAUUCCCUCCAUUACCCGAAAAACUUGGUGGGUCUACUCGGGGCGGGUCUGACCCUGACCCUGACCCUUGUCCAAGCCGCCUCAGCUUCUGAGCUGCUGCCCUUGAAUGAACCCUCCAAUGCCCUCUCGUUGCCCACCUGGGCCAUUCACGUGUCCAGCGUCGUCGAAUGCAAUGACGUUGGUGUGGCAGUACGGGGAGAAGUCCGGGUUCGAAUCUUGGAAAGGGCUGUCGUGGGGAUGGUUCCCCUGCUUGGUGGAGCACUAUGUGCAUGCACAUGGCAUUUCUUUUAUAACUCCGAGUCUCUUGAGGUAUUGGUGGCCCUUCAAGCAGCUCUGACAGUUAUAGGCAAUGCCACAAUGUGUAUUGCUGCAUAUCGUAUUUACAGAUCAUCCGAACGCUCCAAGAAUCUUUGAAAUUUGUAUAUAUGGAAACACAAAUCUCAUUCCUACAAGGUAUCUGGAAGCAGAAUUACCGAAGCUUCACUUAAGUGAUGGUAGAAACUUAAGCAUUGAUUUGAUGUCAUUGUCAUUUGGAAGCUUUCAUUCAAAUUGUUGAAAGGAGUCCGACGGUCAGGUGCCCCCAUGUUUCGAACGGUAGCUUUAGUUCUUCAAAUUGGUUUGAUGAUCUAUAUCCUUUUCCUGAUUUGUGAGUUUUUCAACCAAGUGAAUUUACUGAAAACUUCGUUGUACAAUAGCCAUUGCGUUGCUUGCACCUGAAUUAGUGAAUUAAUACACUCUUUGCAUUUUUUAUGCGUAGAAUUUUAUUCCUCGUUCUGUUU